UAACAAUCAAUUUAGUUCGUGUCGUCAAGUUUUGUUUACAGUCGUGUAUUGUACACAAUAUCUUGUAGAAUAAACUAUAAAAGAAAAUUCAGUGAUCAAGAUGAAAGUAGAAGCUGCUCCGCCGUCUGACAAACCUAAGAUACCGCUGCCGACGCUUUCGCAAAUUAAUGCUGAUCGAAUAACUCAGCUUGCUAAUCAGUACUGGUCACCACAAACCAAGGAGAGCCACCUACCUUAUGAUGCUUCUAUUGUGGAGUCAAUCUACCAAGCAGAAAUACUUGGAUCCCAUUUCUCAGUACGACGGAUCAUGAUGCUGGAGUUCUCGCAGUAUCUAGAGAACUAUCUCUGGCCGCACUACAAGACUGGGGAGGCGUCACAGGCACACAUGAUGUCCAUCAUUGUUAUGAUCAACGAGAAGUUUCGAGAAAGAGUUCCUGCUUGGCAGGCAUUCUUAAAGAAACCAGAGCACUUCCCAGCGUUCUUCGAGCAAGUGUUACGAGCUAGCGUCGACGAAGACCGCACGACCUCCAACAUGCGUGAACAAACAGCACUGCUGUUGUUCCUCAACCAUUGCUUCGGCAGCAUGGAAGUGCAGCUGUGCAGAGAUCAGGUCAAACGGCUUGUGUCGCUCAGUAUGUGGAUCAGCUUGCAAGAAGGUCGGCGAAACCAAGAAUUCAAAGCAGUUCCAAAAUGGCGGAAGUAUUGGCGCGCCAUUCAGAAGAAAGAUAAACCAGAGUUGUUAGAGAAACUCAGUUGGGAGCGGCUGUAUCUACAGAGGUUGAUGAUCAAGUUCAUGCGAAUACUUGAGAGUAUACCUGAGACCGGAGAUUUGGAUGCUCAUGCCGUGAGAUACUGUGAGCGGUUCCUCGAGCUGAUGAUAGACCUGGAAGCUCUGCUGCCCACGCGCCGUUUCUUCAACACAGUGAUGGACGACUGUCACCUGGUCGUGCGCAGUCAGAUGUCGGCACUCACACGCAGGCCUGAAGGACAGCUGUUUUCACAGCUGCUGAACAUGUUAAAAUUCUAUGCGAGAUUCGAAAUUAGUGACGAGACAGGAGAUCCUAUGACCGACCGGGAUAUGACCCUUCAGCAUUAUUCUAGGAUAACUUCACUACAGAAAGCAGCAUUUUCCAAAUUUCCCGACCUGCGACUUUUUGCCCUUGCAAAUGUCGCUAGUGUGGAUACCAGGGAGAGUUUACAAAAACAUUUCGGUAAUUUAAGUGAGAAUGCUCUUCGCGCCAUUGCUACUUACCUGAACCUUGUGCCACCAGAAGGAAAGGAAAACGAAGCCCCUUGGCAUCGUGUUGAUAAAGAGUUUCUUAAGGAACUAUUGAUCUCGCGGCACGAACGUCGCAUAUCGCAACUAGAAGAACUAAAUUCCAUGCCCCUCUACCCUACGGAGGAUGUUAUAUGGGAUGAGAACGUGGUCCCGACAGAAAUCUACAGCGGAGAGAAUUGUCUCGCAUUGCCCAAACUGAACCUACAAUUCCUCACCUUACAUGAUUACUUGCUACGAAAUUUUAACCUCUUCCGUUUGGAGAGCACAUACGAAAUUCGUCAAGACAUUGAAGAUGCCGUCUAUAGAUUGGCCCCAUGGCGUGCCGAAGACUCAAGUGUUUAUUUUGGAGGCUGGGCAAGAAUGGCCCAUCCAAUUUCCAGUUUUGCAGUUGUGGAAGUUGCGAAACCAAAUAUCGGAGAAAAGGCACCCUCGUGUGUUCGAGCUGAUGUCACAGUCACGCUCAGCGUCAGGAACGAAAUAAAGCACGAGUGGGAGAGCUUAAGAAAACAUGAUGUUUGCUUUUUAAUCACUGUUAGACCAACGCAAGGCAUAGGUACAAAAUAUGACUAUAGAAAAAGCAUGGUUGAGCAAGCGGGUAUAGUUUACGUCAGAGGUUGCGAAGUGGAAGGUAUGCUGGACGCGUCUGGUCGGGUCAUUGAAGAAGGCCCUGAGCCCAGACCUGAGCUUGAAGGAGACGCGAGAACUUUCCGCCUACUCCUCGAUCCUAACCAAUACAGACUUGACCUGGACCACGCAAGUAAAGGAAAUGAGGACGUCUACGAAACUUUCAACAUAGUAAUGAGGCGAAAACCUAAAGAAAAUAACUUCAAGGCAGUUUUGGAGACAAUCAGGGAGCUGAUGAACACCGAGUGCGUGGUUCCCGAAUGGCUUCACGAUAUCGUGCUCGGGUACGGAGAUCCUGGUCAGGCGCACUAUACCAGAAUGCCCAAUGAAAUCCCAACACUGGAUUUCAACGACACCUUUUUGGACAUGGAGCAUCUAAGAAACAGUUUUCCUGGGUAUGAAAUCAAAGUGCAAACUGAUGAUCCUAGAAAACUUGUCAGGCCUUUCAAGGUUACGUUUGAGAAUGUUCUCCGUAAACAAAAGGAGGGUGAUGAUGCCAUGGAUGAGGAUGAACCUCGUAAAGUGAUCCUCGUGGAGCCGCACGUUCAGCCUAAGAGAGGACCUUAUCUUUCCAACGAGCCUAAAAAGAACACAAUACCUUUCACUCCGACGCAAGUUGAGGCUAUUCGGUCGGGAAUGCAACCUGGAUUGACCUUGGUAGUGGGUCCACCAGGAACAGGUAAAACUGACGUAGCUGUACAGAUCAUAUCGAACCUGUACCACAACUUUCCGUGGCAGCGCAACCUUGUGGUCACUCACAGUAACCAAGCACUCAAUCAGCUGUUCGAAAAGGUAGCAGAGCUGGAUGUGGAUGAACGGCAUCUGCUACGUCUGGGACACGGCGAGGAGGCUCUACAAACUGAUAAAGACUUCUCAAGAUAUGGUCGUGUCAACUAUGUGCUGGCCAAACGUUUGGAGUUAUUGGAGAAAGUCGGAAGAUUGCAGACCACUUUGGAAGCAGGGGAAGAUGCCAGCGCCACCUGCGAACUCGCUCAUCAUUUCCAUGUGUACCACGUGCGACCACGGUGGGAAACCUUCCUCGCCAAAUGUGCUCAAGAUCAGACGAAAUCUAUAGAAACAAUUAGCAAAGAGUUUCCAUUCCACGAGUUCUUCGACGAUGCCCCCAAACCAUUGUUUCCUGGUAAAUCUUACGAAGAGGAUAUGGAGGUGGCGCAGAGUUGCUACAGAUACAUCGACCACAUUUUUGAGGAACUCGAGGAGUUCCGUGCCUUCGAACUGCUGCGUUCAGGAUUGGACAGGUCAAAGUACUUGCUUGUGAAAGAAGCUAAGAUUAUUGCAAUGACUUGCACCCACGCUGCGCUCAAGAGAUCUGAACUCGUCCAAAUGGGUUUUAAAUACGACAACAUUUUGAUGGAAGAAUCGGCCCAAAUUCUGGAGAUUGAGACGUUUAUUCCUCUUCUGCUGCAAAACCCUCAAGAUGGGAGAUCGCGACUCAAGCGGUGGAUCAUGAUCGGAGACCACCAUCAACUGCCGCCCGUGGUUAAGAAUAUGGCCUUCCAGAAGUACUGUAAUAUGGAACAGAGUCUGUUUACAAGGAUGGUACGUCUCGGAGUGCCUUAUGUGGAACUGGAUGCUCAAGGACGAGCCAGACCAAGCAUUUGCAACCUAUACCGUUGGCGUUACUUGGCACUGGGCGACUUGGGCCACGUGACCCGACUGCCGGAGUACCGCGCGGCUAAUGCAGGCCUGAAGUACGACUUCCAACUCAUCAACGUAGAUGACUUCAACGGCGCUGGAGAGACGGAACCCAGUCCUUACUUCUAUCAGAAUCUCGCUGAAGCGGAGUACGUGGUGGCAGUAUUCAUGUUCAUGAGACUGGUGGGAUGGCCAGCGGAGCGAAUAUCCAUCCUGACCACCUACAAUGGACAGAAGCACCUCAUCCGAGAUGUCAUUGACAAACGUUGUGCUGAAAACCCGCUCAUUGGACGGCCACAUAAGGUGACGACAGUGGACAAGUACCAGGGUCAGCAGAAUGACAUAGCGCUGGUGUCGUUAGUACGCACGCGCGCUGUGGGCCACGUGCGCGAUCUGCGCCGGCUCAUCGUGGCAGCCUCAAGAGCUCGCCUGGGUCUCUACAUCUUCGCACGAGCCAAUCUCUUCAGGAACUGCUUUGAGCUCCAGCCCACCUUCAACCAGUUGGUGGAGCGUCCCCUGGAGUUGGAGUUGGUGCCGGGCGAGCGCUGGCCGGCGCAGCGCGGCGCGAGCGCUCUGGUGCCCGACGCCAUGACCCUGCGUAUACGCGACAUGCCCCACAUGGCGCAGUACGUCUACGACAUGUACCUGGAUAGAGUGCGACAGUGCAAGGAUCAGUACGAGCGGUCGCAGGGUGUGUGGUCGGCGCCGGGCACGGCUCGCGCGUCGCGGCCUGCGCACGCGCCGCCCGCGCAGCACGCGCACCCGGGCGCUAACGACAGCGACGACGACGAACCCGCCGCCCCCGCCUUCCAACCCACUGAGAUCGUCAACGAGAUUGACGACACGCCUGCUGAAGCCGAUAAAUGAAAACCUUUAGUUAUAUGAAUACUUACUUAUAAGCCAAUAAAAAUACUUUUCCUAGA